UAUAAUGGACUAAUGGUUUAGUUUUUAUACGACAGUGCUUCGCGAUAUUGUGUAUUCGUUCGAGUGUUCGACUAUUUGUGUUUCUUAAAUUAAAAUGUCAAAAGUACAAUCGUCUGUUCGUAAAUAUGUUGCUGAAUUUGGAGAAAAUAUUUUUGCAUGUGACGGGGGAAUUCUUUUUUGUAAAGUAUGUGAGAUUAAAGUCAAUAGUGUAAAGCGCUUUACUGUUACACAGCAUUUGAAAACGGAUAAACACAUCCGUGCUGUUCAUAGGAAAAAUGAGAAUAAAUCAAAAUUUCAACAAUUAUUGCCCAAUAUACCGGACAAAUCUAUGUUCGCCAAAGAUUUAUGCAACACAUUACUACUAGCAAAUAUCCCUUUGGAAAAAUUGGGGAAUAGACAUGUUCGUUUGUUUCUUGAAAAAUAUACAGGUAAAGAUAUACCUUCGGUUUCAUUAUUAAGAAAAACAUACGUUGAUGAAUGUUAUGAAGACACAAUGAAUAAAAUACGAAACGAAGUAAUGGGAAAGAAGAUUUGGGUGUCCAUAGAUGAAACAACUGAUGCUACUGGCCGAUAUAUUGCAAAUGUUGUGAUUGGUACUUUAGAAGUCGAUAAACCCGGAAAAAUAUUUUUACUUUCGUGUGACGUUUUAGAAAAAGCUAACCAUUCCACAAUUAGUAAAUUGUUCGACAAAGCAAUGUUUUCUUUAUGGCCGAUUGGUAUACAACACGAUAACGUAUUACUAUUCGUCACAGACGCUGCGCCAUACAUGGUGAAAGCAGCAAAUGCUAUAAAAGCAUUUUACUCCAAAAUGAUCCACAUCACGUGUCUUGCUCAUGGACUACAUCGGACAUCAGAAAAAAUCCGUUCUCUUUUUCCAAAAGUUGAUGAACUAAUCGCCAACAUGAAAAAAGUUUUUUUAAAAGCCCCUUCACGUGUUGAACUGUUUAAAAAAGAAACUCCCGAUGUCCCUUUACCUCCUUCACCUAUUAUUACACGAUGGGGAACAUGGUUGGAGGCAGCAAUGUAUUACUGUGAAUAUUUUAAACCAAUAUUAAAUGUAGUUCAGCAAUUAAAUGCCGAGGACGCAAUAUGCAUCGAAAAAGUAAAAAAAAUAAUGUUGGAAGAAAAUAUUUUGGAAGCCGAUUUAGUAUUUAUUUAUUCAAAUUAUGGAAUAUUAAAAGCAGCCAUAACGAGUUUAGAAAAGCAAUGUCUUCCGUUAGCUGAUUCCAUUAAAAUUGUUGAAAAUAUUGAGAAUAAGUUUAAAGAAGUAUCUUGUGCAAAUGGUGUUGAAAUAUACAAUAAAUUUAAAAAUGUCAUUGAAAAAAAUGACGGAUUUCGACAGUUAUCAAAUAUAUCCAAAAUUAUAACUGGAGAAAAUAGCUCAACGAACAAUAUACCAGAAGAUCUUUCAAGCAGUGACUUAGUAUACUUUAAGUAUGCCCCGAUAUCUUCAACGGAUGUAGAACGAAGUUUUUCUCGAUUCAAGAACAUAUUUGCUGAAAACCGACGUGCAUUUUUAUUUGAAAAUCUAGCCAAGACUUUAGUAGUUAAUUGUAACUCUCCAGAUGAGUGAAUGUUCAAAUUACAACUUAAUGCAGUUCAAUACAACGUACAAAAAUAUUGUCAGUACAUUUUUCUAUUUAGUAUAGA